GCUGGCCCCCAAGGGUACUAAGUGACACUUGUUUGUAGAGCAACAGGUCAACUGCAGCCCGUCUGCCUUAUCUGAUCCUCCCAAGGCUCCUGGCAGUGAUCCGGGGCACAAGGGGAAGGAGAAAGCGUCGACCAACUCCGGCGAAGGGGAAUGUGGCCGAGCUCCGUCAGUCGGGGGUGGGGGUUUUAGCUGCUGUGACCAGAAAUCGCCCAUGUCUGCUUAACAAGCUCCCAUAAACUCACACUGGGUCCUGGUCUUUGUGGAAAGGCCACACAACCUCAGCUCAUUGCCUCGAUGGAUUCACUUAAGGACGGUCGUUGGAGCAAGCACGGCCUCAAUGCGCAUCUCAAGGGCUUCCUGGACCAGGUGAACAGGCUGCAGGAGGCCAACAAGCAAUUGGAGAAACAGAUAGCUAACUGGGGGAUCAAGAAUGCCUCCCGCACCCAGGACUGGUCCCAGCAGGAAAGAAACGUCAACGCCCUCCGUGCCCAGGUUGGUAAACUGCUGAUAGAGAACGCCCAGCUGGCGCUGCAGUCUGACACCAUGAAGUCCAAGGCGGCUGCCAUCCAGGCCAGGUGUGAGGUUGAGGAGAGGCAGACCAAGCGGCUGGAACAACAAGUCGUGCUGCUGAGGGAGUCGAAGAUGAGCGCGGAGAACUCCAACGUCCAGCUGGAAGCCGACCUUCAGCGCUCCACGACGGAGCUGCAGGAGAUGCACCGGGAAUUUGAGGCAGCCCGGGCUCUGCAGCAGCAGCGGGCCGACUCCUGUGAUGCUGUGCUAGUGACGACCACAGCAGCGGAGGAGGAGGAGGAGGAGGAUGGCACAGGGAUGGAGCUCUCCCAGCUCCUCGACCAAAUCCGAGCGCAGUGCAGCCAAGCCAAUCUCCCCGGCCCAGGGGAGGCACAUCACAGCCCGGGCACCAUCCCUAAUCCGGGCCCAGGCUCGGCAGGGCCUGGUCGAACCGGAGCAGCGUCAGCAUCAGCAUCAGCAUCAGCAGUCCGAGCAAAUGGAGGCGCUCUCUCAGAGGAGGAGGCAGCAUGGGCGCAGGUGAACCUUGGCGGAGCCGCCCUGAGGGAGGCGCGAGCCGAGCUCGCCGAGGCCCGGAAACAGUGGCACUCCCUGCAGGUGGAGAUCGAGACCUUACACGCCCUGGAGAAGGGCCUGGAGAGCUCCCUGCAGCACACGCAGCAGCUGUACUCCAGCCAGCUGCAGGACCUGUCCCAGGUCAUCUCCGGGCUGGAGGGCGAGCUGGAGCAGGUGAGGAGCGGGCUGGCCACGCAGCGCCAGCGCCACAGCCAGCUGCUCAACACCAAGAUGAGGCUGGAGCGGGAGAUCGCCACCUACCGGCGCUUGCUGGAGCGCGAAGAGGGCAGGUACAUGGGCCAUAAUAGGCAUUUGGUGACUCUGCGGCCAUGGGGGAGUUCCCUGGUGGAGCCAAAGGAGAACGGGCUGGAGAAUGGCUUCAGUGACCCAGCAGUGUCCCCGGACGAGCCCAAGUCUGAGCCCCUGCCAGACAUACCUCCUCUCCACCUGCCAGACAACGGGGUGAAGAAGAACUCUCUUCUCCAGAGACAGCAAAGCCUGGUUAUUCUCACAGAACCAGAGCAUGAUGACGAAUUCCAUAUCUCCACGGUGAAGACUCAGGAGAUUCUUCAGGGCAACGUGGUGCAGGAGAGUGCAGAGGGUCACGGUACUGUGGAGACAGAGAAGAUUGACAAGGUGAUUAAAAAAUGGGAGGGGUCCUUCUUCAAGGGGAACCCCAAGCUGAGGAAGAAGUCGGUGUCGCUACGCUUUGAUCUGCACAUGGCUGCUGCCGACGAGGGUUGUGCCCAGACAAAGCAGGACAGCCUGCCCGACGUGGAGGUGCGCCUGGUCAUGAAGAGGUCUCGCAGCAUUCCCACCAUCACCUAGGAACUGACGCCGCGGCAUCGGCUGCCCCGCUUGGCCGAGGUGACGAGGAAACGUCAAGAAACAACUGUGGGAUUGUGGAUUUCACCAUCCUGUCAUGCUCAAGUAUGAUAUGAUCAUGAAAUCUCCCAUCACACCAAGCCAGUGAUUCGUGAAUGCCUACUAAGAGACUUUGCAUCACUCAUUUGUUGAAAUCAAGACACAAAAAUCACCCCACCGCCGCGUAAGCGUACUCAUCGGGCUUUGGCAAAAGCCUCGCAAGGGGCCAUUUCUAUAGCAUCUUGAUUCAUUCAGACCGAACGACAUCACCUAUACUGGAGCUGUGCAUUAUGAAUUCAUGUUUUGAUCACAUUUUGCUAAUCAAUGUUCUAUACCAGAGAGCAAAACUCUAAACACUUUAAUCAGUGCAAUAUAGGGUUGUUAUCACGUCCCUCAUAAGAGAUUAAUAUAUGUAGUUUUAAUUAACUCUAAUCAACUAACCCUUCCUACAGCCGACCGAAAACAGAUAACGAGACAGACACUGUAAAUUAAGCAAGGAGUCACAGGUCUGUAUUUUAAUUGGCUGUGAACUAUUUAAAGAUUUUUUUUUCUUCUUUAUUUUCUUUCUUUCUUUUUUUUUUUUUAAAUUUCUGUCCUUAACUGCUUUGCAUCGCAGACUCACACGAGCACCGGCACUUAAGAGAUCCUCUUAAGGCUCGUUCACUAAGGGGUUUGUGUAUAUUUCAGUAUUUAUGUAGAUACAAAAAAAUAUUUUCCUGCAAAUCGAACCGAUCGUGUCAAUUGCGCAAUGCAUUACCCCCCAAAAGCUGCUCCCCCGUGGGGUUGUAUAAGAAGCGAGGCGCCCGGCUCUCACCCCGCGCGUCUCGGUGACUGUAGGCAGCCUGUCCGGCCAGAGGGGGGCAGUGUUUGUACAUAGUGAACCGCCGCAUCUUCGACGCUUGCCUCCUGGGUUGUUGUGUAAAUAAUCUAUAGCGCUUACCUGUUAAGGCUGGUUACACUUUAACACGAGACGGUUUUUAUGCUGGGUUUUGGACUCCGCACACAGACAUUUGUGGGGGGGGGGGAAGCGGAGCCGUAGAGCAGUGCAGUUGGGUGCCUCUUGAUAAGUUUAAAGAAGAAACACGAAUAAACGAUGAUCUAUGCAGUUCUUCCUUGGUUUGAGUUUUGCGCUCGCUUCGCGGAGCGCUCGAGCCGCGCUCGAGCCGCGCUCGCUUGUUCGUUUGGGGAGCUCCAGCACUUCAGAAUGAAGGGUUCUGCUUUUAUCUGCCAAUUUAUCAUUAAAAUAAAAACUAUACGCAAUCUAGUC